GGGGCCUGUGGCCGCGCAGCUCGCGCCGCGGUCCCGGGUUUGGGUCUGCGGGAAUGCGGGCUGGAGCGGUCCUGCAGCGGUACCGGCCUGCAGCCCGCCGCCGGGACGGCCCCUGACCCAGGCGCGCCCGCUGCCCGGGGCGAGAGGGCCGGCGGAGCGCCAUGGCCUGCAUCCUGAAGAGAAAGUCUGUGAUUGCGGUGAGCUUCAUAGCAGCGUUCCUCUUCUUGCUGAUUGUGCGCCUUGUAAAUGAAGUAAAUUUCCCAUUGCUGCUAAACUGCUUUGGACAACCUGGUACAAAAUGGAUACCAUUCCCUUACACCUACAGGCGGCCCAUUCGAACUCACUAUGGAUACAUAAAUGUGAGGACACAAGAGCCUUUGCAACUGGACUGUGAGCUUUGUGCCAUAGUGUCGAACUCAGGUCAGAUGGUUGGCCAGAAGGUGGGACAUGAGAUAGAUCGAUCCUCCUGCAUUUGGAGAAUGAACAAUGCCCCCACCAAAGGUUAUGAAGAAGAUGUUGGCCGCAUGACAAUGAUUCGAGUUGUGUCCCAUACCAGUGUUCCUCUUUUGUUAAAAAACCCUGAUUAUUUUUUCAAGGAAGCAAACACUACUAUUUAUGUUAUUUGGGGCCCUUUCCGCAACAUGAGGAAAGAUGGUAAUGGCAUCGUUUACAACAUGUUGAAAAAGACUGUUGAAGUCUAUCCGAAUGCCCAAAUUUAUGUGACCACAGAGAAGCGCAUGAGUUACUGUGAUGGAGUUUUUAAGAAGGAAACUGGGAAAGACAGAGUCCAGUCUGGCUCUUAUCUCAGCACAGGGUGGUUUACCUUCAUUCUGGCCAUGGACGCCUGCUACGGCAUUCACGUCUACGGGAUGAUAAAUGACACCUACUGCAAGACAGAAGGAUAUAGAAAAGUCCCCUACCAUUACUAUGAACAAGGAAGAGAUGAGUGUGAUGAAUAUUUUCUUCAUGAACACGCCCCAUAUGGGGGCCAUAGGUUUAUCACUGAAAAGAAAGUAUUUGCUAAAUGGGCCACAAAACACAGGAUAAUAUUUACACACCCAAACUGGACAGUGUCUUGAUGUUGGUGUUUAAGGUCUUGCCACAUCAUUUGACAUGAUCAUGGUUCAUGAAACCACAACUGUGAUGCUGAUGCUGUUAACAAUGAUGACAGCGAUGAUGUAGACAACAACAGUGCUGAUCAAGUUCCUGUACAUUCUCAGAUAUGGAUUAUGACUCUGCUAGUAAUUUAAACUUGGGAUUUUGUGGAGGGUGGUUGUGCUCAUUAUGUUCUUUCUGAAGGUUCAACACUAUAUACUGCACUUUAUAAUUUAACUGGAAUUGAAAUGAAGGCCAGUGACAUGAUAACUGUGACCUAAGAAAUGGGAAGAUUUUCCUUCAAGAUAGCUGCCCCAAAUUGUUAAACAGUGAGUUAUCCCCAAAAGCCAUGGGAUUUGGCCUCAUGAGGCAAAGUUAUUGACUCAAUGGCUUCUUGAACCUGAGCAGCUCUAACAUCUUGAAGAAUGGUUGAUUGUCAAACACUGACCCUAGAAAUGCUAUCAGGGUACAAGUAUCUUACCACAGUUACUAGUUAGCUUGGAGAAGGAAAGGUGUCUCUUUCUGGUAUACCAUCUUCCCUCAGUACUUCCUGCAGCUAAAGCCUCAGGCCAUCACCUAAUUAACUAUGAAGAUAGCAUGCACAUUCUACACAUCAGGAUUACUUGACUAUCUCAAACACUUAAUUAAAAAUGGGCCAACUUACAAAUCUUGAUGAAUUUCCACUCUUACCAUCCAUCCAUUCUUACUUCCCAAAACAGUAUAACUAAACAUGUUAUUAGAAUGAUCUACAUUAAUGUUUAGUUAUUUUUGGUUGGUUCCUAAAUCAUUCAAAAGACUAUUUAACAUGUAAGAUACCAACUUAAACACUGUAAUAACAUAUACUGUGAAAACUUUCCUAAAACAUAACCAAAGGGUUUCCUAACUCUGCUUCAACAUCCAAUAACACAAACAUAUAUGCUUUUUAAAAUCAUGAAACAGGGAAAGCAAAGCAUAUUUUUACAUCAAUUUGUAUCCUAUCACACUUCAUAAUAUAUAUUUGUAUAUUCAAAUUUCUAUUUUAUAGGCCCAAGAUGUGUCUCUCCAUACUUUACAUUAUCAUUGCCAAGUGCCAACUAUUAGACCUGGAGAGAAAAAUGAUUCCUUACAUUAAAUCUGACCAGAGCUUUUGCCUUCUAGGGGUUUAAUUUCCCCAUAGUGUAUCAGUUGUUAUACCAUAAUAACAACAAUAAUAAUGACCUUAAUGUCCAAAGUGCUUUGUCAUGUAGAGUCCUUUCACAUCUGCUAGACCACGUGGUGUCAGUGACCACCUCACUGGGCUACUGCCUGCGCAUUCUGCCCUCUCUUUAGCAGAUGAUCUGUAAUUUGUUAUUUGUUCUGGUAUCUUCGAGAUUGCUCUACUUGCUAAUAUUUGUAUAGAAUAGCAUUUACGUAGACUAGUAACCAAUUGAUUUCAGGGCCAAACACAAUAUAUUAUAUUAGGAUUAUGUAAAAAGUAUCACAAAGGAUGGUCUUGGUCAUAUAUGAGAACCUUUGUGAAGUUGAGUAGUUUUGACUUUUUUUAAUAGUCUUAAACUAGAGGUAGAGAUAGAUUGACUGUUUUUUUUGUUUUGUUUUG